CACAGGGGGCGGGGCUGAAAGGUCCGACAGGAAAACUAAAGAAAGGCGAGGAUAUCUAAUAAUACGAUGGCUGCGAUCAGAAAGAAGCUAGUGAUAGUCGGUGAUGGCGCCUGUGGCAAGACCUGUCUCCUCAUAGUGUUCAGCAAAGAUCAGUUCCCUGAGGUUUAUGUGCCCACCGUGUUUGAAAACUAUGUGGCAGACAUUGAGGUGGAUGGUAAACAGGUGGAGCUGGCUCUCUGGGACACAGCGGGUCAGGAGGACUACGACCGUCUGAGGCCUCUCUCCUACCCAGACACGGAUGUCAUCCUCAUGUGUUUCUCCAUCGACAGCCCUGACAGUUUGGAGAAUAUUCCAGAGAAGUGGACCCCCGAGGUCAAGCACUUCUGCCCCAACGUGCCCAUUAUCCUUGUGGGAAACAAGAAAGACCUGCGAAAUGACGAUCACACGCGUCGGGAGCUGGCCAAGAUGAAACAGGAGCCAGUGAAGUCUGACGAGGCGAGGGACAUGGCCAACCGGAUCAAUGCCUUUGGUUACCUCGAGUGCUCGGCUAAGACGAAGGACGGCGUGCGGGAGGUGUUUGAGAUGGCCACCAGGGCGGCGCUGCAGGCCAAGAGGCGAGGCAAGAAGGGCGGCUGCGUCCUGCUAUAGAGUGUCUGUCUGGGGAAGCAGGAACCAGGAGGAGAGGGAGAAACGAACCAGGCCAAAAAAAGAAAAA